AUGAGGUCCGCUCGCGGUGUGGAACUGCCAGAGGACUUCUGGAUCCCAAUCGCUUUGGACACUAACAACAUCACGUCACUUAGCCCAUUCUUGGUUCCUCAGGAGCACCUGGGGAAUUCGGGCACCUUCUAUGGAAUGGCGGGGUUCAUGUUCUUCCUAUUUAUGUUUGGCACUUCUAUUAACCUCCUCACCAUUGCAUGCACCAUCCAGUACAAGAAGCUUCGAUCCCACCUCAACUACAUCCUGGUGAACCUGGCGGUUGCAAAUCUUCUCGUUGCCUGUGUGGGUUCCUUCACAGCCUGUGUCUCCUUUGCAAACAAAUAUUUCAUCUUUGGUCCACUAGCCUGUAAAGUCGAAGGUUUUCUAGCAACGCUUGGUGGUAUGGUCAGCCUGUGGUCUCUUGCUGUGAUAGCUUUUGAAAGAUGGUUGGUCAUUUGUAAGCCACUUGGCAACUUUGCUUUCAAGCCUGAACAUGCCAUCGCUUGCUGUGCGUUCACCUGGGUGUUUGCAUUGAUUGCCUCAGUUCCUCCGCUGGUUGGAUGGAGCAGGUACAUCCCAGAAGGCCUGCAGUGCUCUUGUGGACCAGACUGGUACACCACUAACAACAAAUACAACAAUGAGUCCUACGUUAUGUUCCUUUUCUGCUUCUGCUUUGCUGUUCCCUUCUUUACGAUCGUGUUUUGCUAUGCUCAGCUGCUCAUUACACUUAAAAUGGCAGCGAAGGCUCAGGCUGAGUCUGCCUCCACCCAGAAGGCAGAGAGGGAGGUGACCAGGAUGGUGGUCGUCAUGGUGCUGGGCUUUCUUGUGUGCUGGAUGCCCUACACUUCAUUUGCUCUCUGGGUUGUCAAUAACCGCGGGGAAACGUUUGACUUGAGAGCCGCAACCAUACCGUCCUGUUUUUCUAAGGCUUCCACAGUUUACAAUCCUGUCAUCUACGUCCUCCUCAAUAAGCAGUUCCGUCAGUGCAUGUUAGCGAUGCUGGGGAUGGGUGGAGGAGAGGAGGAAGCCUCUACAUCACAGUCUGUGACGGAAGUCUCCAAAGUUGGGCCUGCUUGAGACUGAAC